UGAACUCAUUUUCUCCCCAUCUUUAAAACCACACAACACUUACAACAACAUAAAAACAUGCAGUAAUUGUUAGUUUUUUCCUCUUUUUUUUUACUUUUCUUAGAAAACAAACAAACAAUAAUGAGAAAUCAUGGAAAAAAGUAUAUAUAGAGAUGAAUGUUAUGAUAGUUAUAUCCUCUGUAGUAAACCACGUGAUUUGAUGCAUCAAAGUUCGUAGAAAUCAAGGAAAAAGCGAUUGCUUAAGCGAGAUUUUUGUAUAUAGUUAGUUAAUGGGUGAGGCUUUUUGUAAGGAGUGAAAAGAAAGGGACUUCGCCGUUUCAAGAAAAUAAAAAAGUAUAUUUCUGGUUUUAGUCCCUCUAUUGUGGUGCAAUUUGAGAUAUAAUCUUUCUAAUUUAGUACAACAUAAUGUGGAAUUUCUUUAAGUAUUAAUUGAUCAUGGUUGACAAAACUUGAAUUGUCCGAUAGAUUUUAAUCUGAUCCAUUCCGAAUAUAGAUUAUCAUUUUUAGAACAAUGGAAGUGAGGGAUGGAGCAAUUUUUUGUUUGGAAGAAAGGUAUGAAACAAUUAUAGUAUUUGUUUGUCCUGUCACCAUAUUUUAAAAUUAUUAUUUUACCCUUAAUUGUUAAAAAGAUAAAAAGGAAAUACAAUAUAUGAAAAAAACCUAAAAUAUUAAAACGAGACAUUGAUAGAUAAUUAUAUGUCAAAUUCACAUUAAAAUUAUUAAAAUAACUUAUAAAUGUUAAAUAAGAUAUAGUGGGGCAGAUUAUUAUGAACGUAUCCAAUAGUAACAAAGGUGAUAAUAGCAUUUAAGUUUUAACAUUUAUAGAAAAGCGGAAUAAAAGGUAAGGAUGAACAAUGACGGUAAAUUUAAUAAUAUUUAUUUUGUAAUCCGUAUAUGAUUCAUUAUGUGAUUUAAUAAACAAUUAAAAAUACACAUCAUUUUUAUGGUAACAAUUAGCAGUGCUAUUACUUUGGAUUCACCAUAUAAAAGUAAGGAAUUAAAUUUCGAUAAAUUAAAAUAGAAAGAUUAAAUCUUAAAUUUUAAUAUAAUAGAAGGAGUAAGAGAGAGAGGAGGGGUGGAGGAGGUUAAGCUAUAGAAAGAGACUUGUUAUAAAAUUGAGUGAAAGCAAGAAAGAUUUGUGUGUGGGUUCUUUUGUUUAUAUAUAUGGUUGCAUUGGAUCCUACGCCAAAGUGGGUUGUCAAAGCCUUUUCUCUGUCUCUCAUCUUUGCUUUCUCUUUCUCAUUUCGCAGCUAAAUUCCAAACUAAAAUCCAAGAUAGAAAAAGAAAUUCAGAGAGCAAUCAAGGAAGAUGGUGAUGUGAUGAAUUAAAAAAAAAAAAAAACUUUGGCAUUUUCGUUUACUAUAUAUCAAAUAACAAGCUUCUUCUCUUUGUUUUUCUAGGCUUUUUUUUCCUGCUGGUACUUGAACUGUCUUUUCCUUCAUUUGCUUGCAAUUUUCAUAAGUUGAUCCCUCUCUCUCAUCUUUAAAUUCUUUGUCCUUCACCAUUUCUUCAUAUCCUAGGUUGAUUUUGGACUUCCAUGUACUCAAAAUUAAAACCAGUUCCAUUCAUGGGUGUCUCAAGUACCAUGGAACUCAGUUUCUUGGUUAGGCCUCCUCUAGAAUUCAAUGAAGAUUGUGGAACUGCAACUAAUGUUAAACAGGAAGAAGAAGAAGAGAAGAGCAAGUUGGUGACGAUGGGUACUUCUGAAUCUGAGGUGGUUGCUGCUGCUAAUGAUUAUCAAGAUGAAAACGACAACGAUGGGUUCAAGACCAACGAUGGGUUCAAGACUCCUACUUCAUUGGACCAUAAAAUCCCAGCCGCCGCCAUCCUCAAGUGCCCACCUGCACCAAGGAAACCAAAAUCCCUCCCCAUUAUAUCGUCACCAGCAAAACGAAAAUCUCUUCGCAGGAGAAUUUUGCUUGAUUUGACGAAAGAGAUCGAGUCUUUGUUCCCUCCAGCUCUUAUUGCAGAUCUAGGGAACAAGAUUAAGAAAGUCAGACAAGGAAGUGACUUCAAAUGACAUGAUACAUAUACAUAUAUACAUACAUACAAAUAUAACUAUAUAUGUGUCAUGUAUUUAUUUGAAGAAUUUUAAUUAUGUUAUUUGUUUUCAUCAUCCUAGACCAUCACUUCUAUGUUCAGUUUCAUUGGUGUGUUUUUUAUUUGGUGUUUCUAUCAGAUCUAAAACCAUACAAAGACUUUGCAAAAUGGAUCAAAGCAAGUACAAAGUGAGUGAUGUGAUU